AUGGAUCUUAGUUCAUCUGACAGUCUUUAAAAAAAUUUGAAUGACAUUUUGAUGCAUCUUUCCCCUUCACUUACUGAUGCUAUCACAAACACCUAAUUGCGAAAUCACACAAUCCUCUUUGAAUAUAAGCUAGUCUAAACCUAUGGAACGCACAUAGGAACGUAUCUAGUUCCAUAGUUCGAUGAUAUAAAUGUGUGGCAUGGUAUCAUAUUUGUAAGAAAUGGUUUGUAUAAAAAUGGGAAAUUUAAGUUUGAAAUGACAUUUCCUUAAACCUUUCCACUUGAGCCACCUUAAAUUACAUUUAAAUAGCAGAUUUAUCAUCCAUUAAUUGAUUAUGAAACAGGAAAGCUUGACUUAAAGAAACUUUUUAAAGAAUGGAAAUAUGGAAGCACUCAUUUAGUAUAUACAUUGAUCAAUGAAAUAAAAAAUAUAUUUCUUGACAUACAAUACUAUUAAAUUACAGAUUCUUAUAAUUAAUCAGCAGCUUUAGCAUUCACAAAUGAUAUUGAAACAUUUGUAAAGAAUGUAGUUACUUCCGUGAACUCUUCCGUUUAAAAUAUAUUUGAAAAUGAUGCAAAAACAAGCCUAAGAUUCGCCGAAUACAAUAGUGUUCAUGAAAAGAUUCAUAAACAGCUUUCAAAUAUAGCUUCAGAUAAAAAACUUUCUUUCGAAGAUAAAAAAAAGAGAUUUAUGCAGCAACUAUUUUAGGUAUCAGGAGAAAUGAAUGGAAAUGAUGAAAACUAAUUAAAAUAAACAAGCAAUCAAUAAAACAUUUGA